AUGGGAAUAACCAGCCGUCUCCGCCAACUAAUCUUCCCCAAACCCGUCCUCAAUAACGGUUCUCAACUCCGUGACCAUCUAGCUAACGAGCGCACAUUCUUAUCAUGGACUCGCAUGGGACUGGCCUUUGCCGCAAUGGCACUUGCCCUUGGACGUCUAGGGAUGAUUGAUCAAGUGUUCAACACGGCACAGAUACAGCUGGGCAGCGACACCAACAACAACAUCUCCAAAGAGACAACAACAAAAACAAACCCUAACACGGUGUCAAAUCAAGCGCAAGAUCCCACUACCACCAGGGUAAAUAUCAAGUCACUCUCUGCAGGGAAAAGUGACAUCCUAGCUAGUCAAUUAUGCUGGACAAUUAGCAUCGGUUCAUUCGGAUAUGGAAUUCUUCGGUAUGUUUCUGUCAGAAGGACUUUGAUGCAAGGACGCUUUGUGCCCGCUAUUUGGGGACCGGUAUUGAUGACGACUUGUUCGUUGGGGUCUCUUGCUACUUUAUUGCAUUCUGGCAGUGGGUUUCAGCGUCAUGAGUCAGAAAGCUAG